CUGACUCUCUCUCUCGUUGACGCUACUCUAGCCAAAGUAUACGAGACCCCUCAGUAGCGAUAAGCUCGGUAGAGAAAGCCAACGCGCUCUUGUGCGAGGUUAGGAUUCGUGCCUGAAGACGACCACAUGCCGGAUCGUGGACAGGGACGGGUGCACCGUUUUCGCGACCACGUCGUCGCCGGCGUCAACUGGCGAGCGACGCGGUUCGUCGACGAGGUUCCCAGUUCACGUGUGUGCGGCCUCUGCCGCAUGAUCCCAAAACGGACGGUGCUGUUGCCGUGCGGUCACGCUCUGUGCCAAUCUUGCCACGCAGCCAGCCUCGAAGGGGGCUAUGAGCAUUGUCCAUUGGAUCAAGUGCAAUUCGAGAAAGCGGAAUGCGUGGGUUGUGAAUUCCCAAGCAGAACAGCGAACACCGUGAAGGUGUACUGCUGGAACGAAGCUCACGGCUGCGAGUACACGGGCACCAUGGACCGCAUGCUGGAGCACUACGAGAACGAAUGCACAUUUCACACAACGGAAUGUUGGCGAUGCGGCGAGGGAGUUCAGCACAGAGAACUGCCAAGGCACUACGUGAACGGAUGCAGGGCCGGUGUUUCGUCAGCGAUCACAGAGUCCUCGGCUCAUACAGCACUGACCGUUGCAGACAUGAAGGCGAUGUUGGGAUGUCUCAACCACGACCAGCUGCUGCCAGUGAUUCAGAGUCAGUUGAAUGAGCUUACGGAACAAGUCAGAAGGCAGGAAACCAGGUUCGCUGAGAUUACUCGCGAGCUAGGAGCAUGCGAGCACAACUUAAAGGCCGAGAUGGAACAAAUUGCCGCCACGAUUUCAUCCACCGUGUCCCACCAGCUGAUUUCUCAGCAAAAUACAUUGGAGGAAGUCAGCAUGUCGAGGUCGCUGUCGUUGCGCUCGGAACAGGAACUCAUACUUCGAAAGCUGGAACACUUAGUCCACCUGCAACACUCGCGGAAAACUUCCCCGAAGCCUGAUUACAGCUCUGUCAUUGCUCAUUGCGAGACUUUGUACGGUGGCGUUCGGGAUUUGACCAGUGCGCUGUCGACAACCGCGCGGAUUGAAGAAAUUUCGUGGGCGACUUAUCUGCUGGCCCUAGAAAACUGCGAGGAAAUCCUUCAGUUGCAGCGAGGGAAUAAAAAGCUUGCCGAGAUUACGGUGUGGCACAUGAGGGACACGUACUUUACUAUUGCCGUCUGGUUCUACUAUGGUUCUCCAUCUGAAUUGGCAGUGGAGAUCGUGUUUAACGGGAUGCUGGUGGACUCUAUGUGUUGGCCGCCCUUCUGGCACGUGCAAGCGGUGGAUAAAGUAACAUUAAAUGAACGCUCGUUGGCUUCCCGUGUGAGACGUUGUUACUGCAAGCGCGAUGAUCCCUCAUUGGAACACUUCCACCUCCAAUUUCGUAUCGACACUGCCUCGCUAAAAAAUGACGGCUACCUCCGAGACGGAAAGAUAGAGUUCGAAAUCUUCCUCAACAAUACCGAAGAGGACAAUGGUGUCAAAGGAGCACCCUAACGUUCGUUAUCGCAGAAGGUGUACUGCACCGGAGAAUCCUCCUUGCCAUUUCCCGAAUUGUGUCACAUGAGCUUAACGAAUUUUUUAUCUCCUUUCUGCUAAAUAAAGUCAUCUCUGCGAAAUUCCAUUCUUUAA